CACCUUCCUCGCACAGGACUUUCAUAACGUCAUGCAUACUGAUUAAGCGUUAUAAAACCUCUCGCGACGUUUCAUCCUCAGUUUGAAACAAAAAGGCAAUCGCUGAAGUCUCGCGAUGGUUUUCUCUGCGGAGCCACCCUUCCCCGGUGCCGUCUGCAGUGUAUAUAAAAGCAGGCAGAGAGGGGCUGUGAGUGUAGGAGGAGCUUUGGCAAGGUCGACAGCAGCAUCUUUUAAAACCACAAAUCUCUCAAGUGGACCCUACUGACUCCGGCGAGGCGAAGGUUUCUGGAACUUUUAGACUUACUACCACAGAAAGAGAAGAAGCGUGGUGGUAACUUUCCAGCUUGUAUUCGCAUGUCUUGACGAAGCUAAGAAGCUAUCUGCCACUACUGCCGCCCUCUGCUCGGCAUCCUGCGUCUUUCCUCAGCGGGCAGCACCGCGUGUGUUUUCCUGGAACUAGCAGGGGCUUAGUGAGGGGCACCUCCGCGCGUUCUUUACUGAUUUCGUAGUUCCAUACGAGUGCUGUGCACACAACUUCCACAUUUUGCAUCACAGCUAUGUCGGAACCAUCCUCUGCGCCAGCAGAGACUUUAGUCUCGGAAAAUUAUGUUUUAGCUCCAGAUGCCGGGCAAAGGCCGUCCGGUCCGACACCCAGUCAGAGUCGCUUUCAGGUCGAUCUUGUGUCUGAAGCCGCGGGCGCCUCUGAGGAAAAGUCUGGAAGCUCCGAAAACUCCGCCGAGGGUACUGAUCCGGGGGCCGGGGGGGAGGAAGCCAAAGGCCGCUUCAGGGUGGUGAAUUUUGCGGAUCCGAACGGAUCGGGGAGCGCGGCCUCUCCUGAGGGAAUGCCGCCUGAAGGAUUACAAAACGGAGACACGGUGAUGAGCGAGACCAGCUUGCAUUCAUCUACAGGGGGCCAGCAUCACUACCAUUAUGACACCCAUACCAACACCUAUUAUUUGAGGACCUUUGGCCACAACACUAUUGAUGCUGUGCCCAAAAUUGACUUUUACCGGCAGACGGCCGCGCCUCUGGGGGAGAAACUUAUGAGACCCACCCUGUCGGAGCUCCAUGACGAAGUGGACAAGGAGCCGUUUGAGGAUGGCUUUCCUAAUGGUGAUGAGCUGACACCGGCUGAAGAGGCUGCUGCUAAAGAGGCAGCCGAGCCUAAAGGAGUGGUCAAGUUUGGCUGGAUUAAAGGGGUUCUGGUACGCUGCAUGCUGAACAUUUGGGGCGUUAUGCUGUUUAUCCGGAUGACAUGGAUUGUUGGCCAGGCUGGAAUUGCUCUUUCCUGUGUGAUCGUAUGCAUGGCCAGUGUUGUGACAACCAUCACCGGCCUCUCCACCUCUGCCAUAGCUACCAAUGGAUUUGUGCGAGGAGGGGGAGCAUACUACUUGAUCUCAAGGAGUUUGGGACCAGAGUUUGGAGGCUCUAUUGGCCUGAUCUUCGCCUUUGCCAAUGCAGUGGCUGUAGCCAUGUAUGUAGUUGGCUUUGCUGAAACUGUUGUGGAACUUCUCAAAGGUGCGGAUGCGCUCAUGACUGAUGAGAUCAAUGAUAUCCGAAUAAUUGGCACCAUCACAGUAAUUGUUCUCCUGGGCAUCUCUGUGGCAGGAAUGGAAUGGGAGGCCAAGGCCCAGAUCGUCUUGCUGGUUGUCCUUGUCACAGCCAUUGUGAACUACUUUAUCGGAUCCUUCAUUCCUGUACAAUCAAAGGAAUCUGCAGGCUUCUUUAGAUAUGAUGCUCAAAUCAUGUGGGAGAACAUAGGACCGGACUUUCGUCAAGGCGAGACGUUCUUCUCUGUCUUUGCCAUCUUCUUCCCCGCAGCCACUGGUAUUCUGGCUGGUGCAAACAUUUCAGGAGACCUUGCUGACCCACAGAUGGCUAUCCCCAAAGGAACACUUCUUGCAAUAUUGAUUACAGGGAUAGUCUACUUGGGGGUUGUAGUUUCAACAGGGUCUUGUAUUGUGAGAGAUGCCAGUGGAAAUUUAAAUGACACAGUCAGUUCUCAGUUUAUGGCAAACUGUACUAAUGCUUCCUGCAAGUUUGGCUUUGACUUCUCAAGCUGUAGGAUCUCUGGAAAUAGCUGCCGCUAUGGACUCCAAAAUGACUUCCAGGUGAUGAGCUUGGUUUCAGGUUUUUCACCAAUCAUCUCAGCAGGAAUCUUCUCUGCCACUCUGUCCUCUGCACUGGCCUCUUUAGUGAGCGCACCUAAAGUUUUCCAAGCUUUAUGUAAAGAUAACAUCUACCCUUACAUUGGAAUAUUUGCCAAAGGAUACGGCAAGAACAACGAGCCUCUCAGAGGCUACAUCCUGACCUUCGGCAUCGCUCUGGCCUUUAUUCUUAUUGCUGAGUUGAACAUAAUUGCACCUAUUAUCUCCAACUUUUUCCUGGCAUCCUAUGCCUUGAUCAAUUUCUCGGUGUUUCAUGCAUCACUGGCCAACUCUCCAGGCUGGCGUCCCAGCUUUAAAUACUACAACAUGUGGGUUUCCCUUGCUGGAGCUAUACUGUGCUGUGUGGUGAUGUUUGUCAUCAACUGGGCGGCUGCCCUCCUCACCAAUGUCAUUGUUAUGGCUCUCUACAUCUAUGUUAGCCACAAAAAGCCAGAUGUGAACUGGGGCUCAUCAACCCAGGCUCUGACCUACCAACAGGCUCUGAGCCACACACUUCACCUUAGUGCAGUGGAGGACCAUGUCAAGAAUUUCAGACCGCAGUGCUUGGUGAUGACUGGUUAUCCCAACUCUCGUCCUGCUCUCCUGGAUCUUGUUCACUCCUUUACUAAGAAUGUUGGCCUUAUGAUUUGUGGUCAUGUCCGCAUGGGCUACAGAAAGCCCAACUUCAAAGAUCUUGCUGCAGACCAGUCCAGAUACCAGCGCUGGCUGAUGAGGAACGAGACCAAGGCAUUCUACACACCAGUAUUUGCAGAGGACCUAAGACAGGGUUCCCAGUACCUGCUCCAGGCUGCUGGUCUUGGUCGUCUCCGGCCAAACACACUGGUGCUUGGUUUCAAGAAUGACUGGAGAGAUGGUGACAUGAUGAAUGUGGAGACUUACAUUAAUAUGAUCCAUGAUGCCUUUGACUUCCAGUAUGGUGCUGUUAUUCUGCGACUGAAGGAGGGGCUGGAUGUGUCUCAUAUCCAAGGACAAGAUGAGUUGUUGUCCUCUCAAGAUAAAUCUUCAGGAGCGAAGGACAUCAUUGUGUCCAUUGACACAAGCAAAGACUCAGACUGUGAUUCAUCCAAGCCGUCUUCAAAGACCACCAGCCUUCAGAACAGCCCGGCUGUACACAAAGAUGGUGAUGAAGAUGGCAAAGCUACAACUCAGCCCCUGUUGAAAAAAGACAAGAAGAGUCCAACAGUACCUUUAAAUGUGUCUGACCAGAGGCUGCUGGAGGCGAGCCAGCAGUUCCAGCACAAACAGGGGAAGGGCACAGUGGACGUCUGGUGGCUGUUUGACGAUGGAGGUCUGACCCUGUUGAUCCCCUACCUACUGACUAACAAGAAGAGGUGGAAGGAGUGCAAGAUCCGCGUUUUCAUUGGAGGCAAGAUCAACAGAAUUGAUCAUGACCGCAGAGCGAUGGCAACUCUACUGAGCAAGUUCAGAAUAGACUUCUCCGACAUCACUGUGCUGGGAGACAUCAACACCAAACCCAAGAAGGAGCAUGUGGCAGCCUUUGAGGAGAUGGUUGAGCCAUACCGCCUGAAGGAAGACAACAUGGAGCUGGAGGCAGCUGAGGGAUUAAAAAACAGUGAACCCUGGAGAAUCACGGACAAUGAGCUGGAACUCUACCGUGCCAAGACCAACCGUCAGAUCAGGCUCAACGAGCUGCUGAAGGAGCACUCAAGCAUAGCCAACCUCAUCGUCAUGAGCCUGCCGUUAGCUCGUAAGGGAGCGGUCUCCAGUGCCCUCUACAUGGCCUGGCUGGAGGUGCUGUCUAAGGACCUUCCCCCCAUCCUCUUUGUGCGCGGCAACCACCAGAGCGUCCUCACCUUCUAUUCUUAGUCCUAGCACAGGGGAGAAAACCUGUGUUUUUAGGUUUCACUUUCACUUCUGCAGCUGCAAGCAAAGCCACACAUGUCCCAGUUAAAGCCCAAAAUUAAAGGUGCAUAAUAACACUUCAGAAACUGUAGAAAGCACAGCCACUGCUGAUAUAAAGAAGGACGUGGAACUGGUUGAGAUGUUUAAAAGAUCUAUAUUUGAAGACGGAAUGUCAGGGUUAGGGUUAUUAGUAAGGUUGCCCUCUCAGCCCCUUUUUGUAUUUAUUCCAAAUUGUCCUUUUUUCUUGUAACUUUAGUUUUUUUUUAUUAUUAUUUUUUGUCAUUUCUGUUCAAAGUCCUUUUUUCUCAGGCUCUAAAGCAGGCAUGCACAACAUUUUUACUUUGUUGUUGUCAUGAUAUGGAAAUUAUUUUGAACUUAUUAGGAUUAAUGCUGUACUUAUUGUUGCAGCAAUAAUCACCUUUUUUUGUUUGAACAUUGGAGAGAACAACAGAAUGCUUUGCAACACCUUCUAAAGCCUUACAGAUGUGCCUUUCGGUUGGAUCUGAUGAAAUAAUUCUAAGCGCUAAUCAGAUUGACAAUAUAACACAUGAUAUUGGUGGAUACAUAAUUUAAUGCAUUUUUAUUGUGAUCCCAUCUGAUUGCUAGAAUUUAGUAAAAGAUUUCCACUUGGUUGCAUGAAGCCUUUUUGUCUUUUUUUUUUUUUUUUAGAUUCCUCUAAUCUGCUCAUAAUGAUUCCGAGCUUAGUUUGUCUUCCAUUGUAAAGUUGUUGAUUAUUUUCAAUAGGCUGUUACUGGACACAUGUGACCCUUUGGGCAUAGUGCCUGGAUACGAUUGUAUUUGGUUUUAAAUUAAACCAGCUGUUAGUAAAGAUGUGAAUCUAAUGUUUAAUUAGCCUUGUUGGGAAGCUGCUGACUGACUACACUGAGAGUUCCUCCGAGUAAUGUUUCUGUUCUUCCCCUCUAAAGAUACUACUCUCCUCAACAACCUAAUUAAAAUCUUGCCUUAAUGAUUGUUCUAACAAUGGUUUCCCUGUCUCCAAAGCCAUACUGGCUAUGUUAUUUAUGUAUCAAUGCAGGAAGCAAUCCAUGGUUUUGUCUCAAGUCUAAUUUUGCUUGUAAUGUAAAUGCAUUUGUAGUAUUUCUGAGUUUUGUGUACUCUGGUUUUUGCUGCACAUUGCUGUGAAGUAGUCCGUCAGCUGUAAUAUUUGGCACUGAUGUAUACUUUCAUGUCAGCUUACUUGGCUCCUUGUUUGCCAUCAGGCUACUCUGAGAACUGGUGGCCUCCAAUUCUCACAGUGCUUACAUAUUUGUGACAUUUUCACACCUCUAGAUAGAGAAUGUUGUUUGGCUGAGUAAAAAUGUACCUCUAUGCAUAUGAUCUUGUAAAUUGAAGUUAUGAUCCAGUUGUUUUCUGUGCAAAGACCCUUGUUUCAUUGGAUGAGAACCUUCAACACGUCCUUCAUUGGUCUGAAGAAGCAGUGCUAUGGUUCCAUGAAAAGCCAUAUGUAAACUUUUCCACUCUGAUAAUGCGUGUAAAAUAGGUCACACGUAGAACAUGUCUUUGCUCACACAAACCCAGAGUAUAACUGUCAUUUAUAUUUGGAGAGGUUUUUAGUAAAUAAAUCCACAGAGCUAGAGACACAUUUAUAACUAUUGCUUAUGCAAUCACGAAAAGCGAAUAAGUAGACGCCUAAUGAUGCACUUCUGCUGUCAAACUUGGAUUCAUGACAAGAAAAGUUAAUUGGUCAAUUUGAUUAACAGAUCAGAGUCAACGUGGUUUUACAGGACGUUUGAAUGUGAUUGCACAGGGUCUACAUAUAGGCAAGUCAGAAGAACAGCUCUUAUGUUUGCUGAUCAUUGUGGUUGUAGCUGAGAAACAGCUACAAGUAUAACUGUAAAGUAAAAUUUAUUUUAACAAGUACAGCCUUCACCUUGUUGCUUCCAUAUAAUCUGUCACUGAUUGUAUGCCGUUUUUGAGGAAGAAUGUCAAACCAUACUUAGGUUAGUGGAAUGUACAGUAUUCUGAUGAACUCCAGCUUCCAAGCAGGUAGCUAGUUUCUUUUUUUCGUCAUUCUCAUGCAUCUGGUUUUUCACAUUGACUGCAAUAAGCACAGCACUUUCUCCCCUUUAUCAUUCUUCUGCUGUGUUUUAGGCGCUGUGUCCUGACGUGUAAAGUGAAGAGGGAUGGUCAAAAUACUUACAUCAUCAAUAUACCCAUCCUUAGAAGUGUGAAAGCAACAGCUCCAUCCUAUUUUUUUGGGAAGCAACUUCCCAGCUCAUUUCUGGUGUUCGGAAUAAGUUUUUGGAAGCGUUUACUUUGUCAAGGUUGGGCAUAACAAACUGUUUUCCCAAAAACAAGAGCUGUCCAGACACUAUUCAGAAUUUGUUCAGUUCAGUUUAAAAAUUCGGCAUAUUCACCAACAGAUGCAGCUAUUUGGGGUGAUCAACAUUGACUUCACAUGUGAUCACCAUAUUUAGUAGUAGUUAGUGGAAUAAUUUAAAGAAAGUAUUCAGUUUUUCUUGGCUGUACCUCUGUCCCUUCAUUCAUUCACACACAAAUACUAAUAAAACUCCAACUUACCCAUUAUCUAAUUUGGUUCCUCAGUAAAUCACUUGUAUUUUGUAGUGCAACUGUAGUCCUGUGUGUGUGCAAUAAUUAGAUUCAAUCACAUUUUGAAAUUAAUUGAUUUUGAUUGAUGCAGUCAUGGAACCAACAGUUCUAAUUAUACUUGUAUAGUUUUUGCAAACAUAAUCAAUUGGAGUUUGUCUUCACCAUCAUAAAUCAAUGUUUGAUAAUAACCCAUCCCAGGCAGCCACUACACAAUACAAGCUAUUUUGAACUGCUAAUAGUGAGUUCUAUAAAUGUCUAUUGAGUUCUUCAGCAUGAACUACUUUGAAGAAUACACUAAUUCAUGCUCAGAACAAGCUAUUUUAUUUUAGGAUGGACUCUGAAACAGAACAGAAAUGAGCUCUGAGUUUUGACGUCUGAAGGCACCUUUGUGUACUAAACCAAAUAAAGGCGUGACCCGAUGUUCAUAAUCACA